ACAAAUAACCCCGGACAUCCUUGCUACCCCGCCGUGUGACGGCCACCUUGAGUACAACCAUCAAUUUUGCCCAAAGGACUAAGAAAGGUACCUGCAAAAGUGCAAGAAUAUCCCAGAAUGGGCAUGAGCAGCUUGAAAGUGCUGAAGUAUGUCCUGUUUUUCUUCAACUUGCUCUUUUGGUUCUGCGGCUGCUGCAUCCUGGGCUUCGGGAUCUACUUCCUGGUCCACAACAACCUGGGGGUUCUCUUCCACAACCUCCCCUCCCUCACGCUGGGCAACGUGCUGAUCAUCGUGGGCUCCAUCAUCAUGGUGGUUGCUUUCCUGGGGUGCAUGGGCUCCAUCAAGGAAAACAAGUGCCUGCUUAUGUCGUUCUUUGUCCUGCUGCUGAUCAUCCUGCUUGCUGAGGUGGCCCUGGCCAUCCUGCUCUUCGUGUACGAACAGAAGCUGAAGGAGUCUGUGCGCGAGGGCCUGACGGACAGCAUCCAGCACUACUACUCGGACAACAGCACCAAGGCGGCGUGGGACUCCAUCCAGAAAUUCCUGCAAUGUUGUGGAGUAAAUGGCACAAGUGAUUGGACCAAUGGCCCACCAGCUAGUUGCCCUUCGGGUCCAGAAGUUGAGGGUUGCUAUAUAAAAGUAAAUAUGUGGUUUCAUUCCAACUUCCUGUAUAUCGGCAUCAUCACUAUCUGUGUAUGUGUGAUCCAGGUGUUGGGGAUGUCCUUUGCGCUGACUCUGAACUGCCAGAUUGACAAAACCAGCCAGGCCCUAGGGCUGUGACCUGCUAGCUACUGCCUUUGCUGAAAAGACUUGUUUCACCUCUGGAAACCCAAAACCACCUACAACAUGAAGGCCUAAAUGAUCACCUCCUGGACUGACAUCUUUGUCCCCCUCUCAUCUCUUCCCUGUUUUGUCCCUGUCUCAUACAACCAGAGAAGAGGGUGUGGGACAGUCACUUCCCACCUCAGGAAGAAGGAUAUUCACCCACUCAUGGAGGUAGCCAUGUCACUCAAAGUAGUGACACUAACACCUGAGCAUUUUUCAGACAUGAGAGGCCAAGAGAACCUGUGGCGCUAAUGGCUCAAGAUCGAAGGAUGGGUCUAGGCCUAAAAUUUUUGCGUCUUCCCAUUGUCAGACACGUCUCUAGUCUCUAAAUCAUGCCCAGUUCACUCUCCAAAGUCAAGCAAGAGAUAAGCUGAAGGGAUGUCUAGGGCGAGACUUACUGGAUCAUUGUUACAGCCCUGUUUCCUUUAGACUGUGGGCCUUGACUACAGAAAUGACAGAGUAUUCUUUCUCCAAAUAAUGGGGUUUCAUUUCAAUUUCAUAUUCAUUCAUUCUGUCCUUCCAGAAGAAAUUAACCAGUUAUCCAUAUCCUGACUCUAGCCAAACUCUUAGCCUUUGAUUUACAUAACUGUGGAGGAAUUCCACAUUCAGAUGACAGUCACAUUUAGAAGAGUUCUGAUAUUUCUUCUUUAUCCCAUAAGGUUUUGUUAAUGUGCUAUUUUAAGUCUUUAA